UGAAAACGGAAGUGUGCGAAUUUCGCGUUGGAAAAAAGUUCUCAUGGUUGUUUUCAUGCCAGUGUGAAAAAGUUAAGCUCCAGUCGUUUGUCGACUCUCAUGAAACUGUGUUGAAGGCGUUUGAAGACACCACAGGGACUAGUUGGGACUUUCUCACUGUGAAGGAUGAGGGGUGAACCAGGCCCAGUUCAGAUCGUUACAGUGUGUAAGGAGGAUCACUCCUUUGAUUUGGACACCGAGGCUUUGUCUCAGAUUCUGCUGGCUCCUGAGGUCCGAGACAAACAUGUGGUGGUGCUGUCAGUGGCCGGAGCCUUCAGAAAGGGAAAGAGCUUCCUGCUGGAUUUCAUGCUUCGUUACAUGUACAGAAAGGGGGAUGAAAACUGGCUCGGUAAGGAUGACGAACCGCUGACUGGGUUUUCUUGGAGAGGUGGUUCAGAACCAGAGACAACAGGCAUCCAGCUGUGGAGUGAAGUUUUCCUCGUGGAAAAGAGCGAUGGAACAGAGGUGGCAGUGGUGUUGAUGGACACUCAGGGAGCAUUUGAUGAUCAGUCCACAGUGAAGGACUGUGCCACCAUCUUUGCCCUCAGCACCAUGACCAGCUCAAUACAGAUCUACAAUCUGUCACAGAACAUUCAAGAGGAUGAUCUGCAGCAGCUACAGCUUUUCACAGAGUAUGGCCGUCUUGCUAUGGAUGAAAUCUUUCAGAAACCCUUCCAGUCUCUGAUGUUUCUAAUUAGGGAUUGGAGCUUUCCCUAUGAGUACGUCUACGGGUUUAAAGGAGGCAAUGAAUUCCUGGACAAACGGUUACAGGUUAAGGAGGCCCAACAUGAGGAGCUGCAAACAGUGAGGGAGCACAUCCAUUCAUGCUUCACCAAAAUUUCCUGCUUCUUGUUACCUCACCCUGGGUUGAAGGUUGCUACCAACCCUUCAUUUAAGGGGCAGCUUAGCGAUGUGGCGCCUGAGUUCAAAGAGCAGCUGCAGAGUCUGAUUCCUAAACUGCUGCAUCCGGAUCGUCUGGCUGAGAAAGAAAUAAAUGGCAAUAAAGUCACCUGCAGGGGCCUUCUUGAGUUUUUCAAGGCUUACAUCAAGAUUUACCAGGGAGAAGACUUACCACAACCAAAGACUAUGCUCAUGGCUACGGCAGAGGCCAACAACCUGGCAGCUGUGGCAACAGCCAAAGAUCAGUAUUACAAGAACAUGGAGAAGGUGUGUGGGGGAGACCUGCCUUAUGUCUCUCCUCAGUCUCUGGAGGAAAAGCAUAACUUUUUUUUCCGGGAGGCUCUUCACACCUUCUCAUCCACUAAGAAAAUGGGUGGACAGGACUUUUGUGAUCGUUACCAAGCACAACUGGAAAAGGAGCUGGAGGAGAUGUGGCAGUCUUUCAGCAAACACAACGAGUCAAAGAAUCUCUUCAGCGCCUUCCGGACACCUGCAGUGCUGUUUGUCCUGGUGUGCCUCCUCUACGUGCUGUCAGGCGUGUUGUUCUUCAUUGGCCUGUCUACCUUUGCCUUGGUGUGUGACUGCACUCUGGGCGUGGUCAUGAUGGCAAUGCUGACGUGGGCCUUCAUCCGCUACUCUGGUCGGUACCAGACUGUAGGAGGAGCCAUAGAUCAGGCUGCAGGUGUCGUCCUGGAGCAGGCUACUGUGGCGUUGAACAAGUCGAGAGGUGCGAGCACUGGUGACAAGAAGAAAUCCAGUUAAAGGACCUCUGAACCUUCAUAAUCUCGAUGCAAUUCAACCGGCGCACAACACAAGCACACAUUCAGCACUAAAGCCUUAUCAUGCCACCCACUGAAAGAAACAUGCACCCCAGCCACAUUGGCACAGGGUACAAACAUAAUGCCAAUUCACCAGCAUUUCUGUUAUGCACGUUAACUCUGUCUGUUAAAGUCCAGGCUAAAGUCCAGAUGACCGGAUUCACUGAGGCAGGGAGUUAAACCAUCUCAGUCCCUCUCAUCGAUACUACGUCUUGAAGUGACACUGCCGUCAGUUUACAAAUGGUCUUAACAGACAAGUCAAUGUUUACUUUAAACUAAAAAACAAAACCUUUUAAUUUCUGUUUCAGCUAAAUGCAUCUUGCAUGGCUGUGUAUUGUUCAGUCAGGGGUUGUCAGGGUGCUUUUCAAACAAAGCUUCUGCAGUAUAUCUUUAAAUACUCGUGUUAAAAACAAUGCUAGCUUUAAAGCUUAUACAUUUAUACAUAUCUCUUUGUUGCUAUUUUUUUACUUAUUGGCCUUAAAACAUUCCAUUCAGUUUGUAGAUUUGCUUCAUAUUUGAUAUAAACCAGCAUUUCUAGAGAGGUGAACCGUCAUUACUUUGAAAGGAGAAGAGGAUACGCACUUUGUGUUUACCACAGCAGAUUUAGGGAGCUGUGUGUAAUGGGAGUUAAGUUGUUUUAAGUGCUCUGCCAUUUAUUUGUUGAUGGAAACAUGCUACAGUUUGUAGAUUUUGAUACUAUAGACUAUUAUAGAGAAAUUAUAUAUAGGAACUUAUAUUCUGCAAAACUUUCCAACUCCAAAGAUAAGACAUUGUAGUAAUACUCAAAGUUGCUGACUGCCCAACAUGUUAAAACUAGCAAUCAGUCAGCCAAAGAGAUAGCUUUAAAUGUUUGGGUUAUACUUUGGCCUUGUACUCCUAUCACUUCAGACAUGAGUGAAUAUAGGUUAAAACAUAUGCUGCAGUGUGAACAGGAGUUUUAUGCGUACAAAAUUUUAGAAAUGUCACUGACUACAGUGAACUCAGUGAGAAAACACUUUGUCACUUGCAGUAACAUUGAGUAUACAUGGAACAAAUAAGCAGAAUAUUGAAAAGGACCAAAAAUACGACAGAAACAAGCAGUAGAAACCUACAGUAAAUGGGACUGAGUCGCUGUCCCCCAGUGCUUUUUGUACAUGCACCUCAGUCUUCAAAAGGCAACAGCACUUGGACAGAGUAUGAUCACAUUUUGUAGUCCCUAACAUUCAGUCUUGUUAAUACGUUUGCACCUCAGAAAUUAUUUCCUGGCCUGUUUUUUUUUUUAUUAGUGACCUGUGAGAAAACACUUUGAUAUUACUCUGAUGCAUUAUAUAGAGUUAACAUUGUUGACCUGGCCUCAAGCAAAAGGGAUAUUUCAACUAUUUCAUACUUAUAACUUUGUCAGUGUGAAACUUUGGGCUAAAUAAAACACUACAGAUGGUGAUCAUUCCAGGCUGAAACUGUCGCGUGCUCAGGUCAAAGCCUUGCUUCAAGUGACUGACAUGAAAUGGCUGCAUAACAUAUAAUCAAACCAUAUAACAGAAAAGGAAAGAUAAUGAAUUGGGCUGGCUUGUUUCUUAGGUACUUGUUUACAUGCAGCCAUUUAAUCAGUCACACAGAGAAUUGAAAAGGUGGACUACAUGUUGGAUUUAUUAGGUUUUAGUUUUCCCUUGUGGGGCCACGCAGGGCGUCUCAGGCCAGCUCAGAAUGAAUCAGGCAUUGGAUUACAGGACUUUGAUUAUUUGCAACCGUGCCCUGCAUCUCUGAAUAUGAUGAAAUGCAGAUUCUCUCGGAAACAUUGGAUUGGAGAGGUGAAAUCGUAAGCAUUUAGUGUUGUAAAACAGGCCUUUUAACAGCCAUGAGAUUGUUUGACCUGAGUGCAAAAGUAAAAUCCUGUAGACUGUAAUGAUUCUACACUGUUUUUCAACAUCUAAUGUAUUUUCUGUGCUCGAAUACAGAAUGGAGACACAAAAGGCUGAUUGACAGUACUUUAAUCACUCAGUAAUUCCAUGUUGCUGUAGGUAAAAGUCAUCAGAAAAGGCCAAAAGUGACCAUUGAAAAAUGUAGGAUGAGAGACUUGACCAUCAUUUUGCACAUUCCAUGUCUCUUUCCACAAGAGAAGGCAACUUAAAGAUUUUUUACAAGCACAUACUAUUGCACUUACCCUUUGGUGCUUUUUGCACACCGCUUAUUCCAAAAGUGAAUAAAUGCAUGCUAUAUUGUAGCAACAGCUGAUGUAUUCAUCUCUUGCAGGGGUAUGGUGGCCUUGACUUGAGAAAUACUGUUUUAUAAAGAAUAAACACAGCUUGAAACUGUUAAUGCAUCUUUCCAAUCUAUUCAUUCAACUGUUUUUAUUUUAUAACGAGGCACCAGGGAUGAAACUCAGUUUAAAAUCAUAGAAAGGUUGUGUAAGCUUUUGAGGUCUUGAGUCACACAGAUCCACCAGCAGGUUCACCAUACAUUUCCUAUGUGUCAAAGCAAUGAUCAAAACCACUGAAUGUUUUUGAUUUCAUUCAGAUUUGACAAAAAAGCUACUUAUGUCAGGCUUCUACAUCAUUUAGAGAUUGUCAUUCAAUGUGAUUGUGCAGCCAUAAUUUUUUUUGUUUCAUGAUGCAUUUCAAUAUUUGACACAGAUUAGAUUACAUCAGAUUAGAUUAAAUUUCACUGCAGAGUAAGUACCAGUAAAACAAUGCUGUUUAGCAUCUAACAAUAUUGUGUAAACAGUUGCACAGUGCAUGUAGAUAUUAUAAAUAUGAAUAACUAUAAAAUAAACACAAACAAGAAACCAAUAUGGAUUAUGUAUGACAUUAAGGGAUGUAACUAUGAUAGGUACAAUAUAAACAAUAAACCACUAUACAGUAUGCAAUAUAAUGAUGUAUACAUUAAGAGCA